ACACACAGGACAGGACUGAUCGUAAGUAGUAAGUGUCUGCUUCCGAGAAGAUUCGCUCCGGGAAAAGGGAAAACUGGAUUUAAAGGGCAGAAAAAACAAAAAACAACCGUCAAAUAUAAUUUUGACAAGAGAGGUCGCGAUCUUUCUGCUUGAAGCGACCACCGGAGGAGUCGGUCAAGUGUGGUGAACUUUGUGCUUUUGAUUUGUUUGCAGUUUGUAACUUUCUCAGGGUGAAUUUAAAUGCACUUCACUGGGCAUUAUUAUUAUCAUUAUUAUUAUUAUUAUUAUUACAACCCACUGGAUAUGAACAUGUGAGCAGCAAAUGACUGAUGUAAGGGUUUCUGCAGUAGAUGCUGCGUUUAGGCGCUUUAGGUAAAGUGCACUUCCAAGGUGACUAAUUAGGGAGCGACGUUGAUGUCCCGCUACAGACAGCAGCACAGUACAUACAUAUAGGUGAGACGGUGCAGAAAAUACUAAAAGAAGAGAGCUGUUCGGACUCACAGGCUCACACAUGAGUGAAGACAACUCACCGACAUUUAUGGAGGCUCCGUUUAUAAAGGGGCUCUGGCUGUAAAAACUGAACAUGGAGCUCUCUCUCUUCCAGGAUGCAAGUUGUAGGAGCGCUUAGUUAGUUUUAUUAUACCUUUUCAUUUGCUCUUUUUUUUACCUCGUAAAGAGACAAUAUUGCGAGAGAAAAACCUCACAAAAAAGACAGAUAACCGCCGUGUUAUACCGCCGACCACGAUGGCCUCCAGCUCGCGGGACAGCUGCCUCUGGUUGCUCUGGAGACGGACCCUCGUCGCGCUGUGGCUGUGCGCUCUAGGGGCGCGCGGAGCAGAGGAUGACAGCGCGUUCAACUCAGAGACAUGGCUGAGGAUGUAUGGUUACCUGCCCCAGGCCAGCAGACAGAUGUCAACCAUGCGAUCAGCUCAGAUCCUGUCCAACGCCAUCAGUGACAUGCAGCGGUUCUACGGCCUGGAGGUCACCGGACAGAUGGACUCAGGAACCAUCAGCGCCAUGAAGAGACCCCGCUGCGGUGUGCCUGACAAGUUUGGAGGCCAGAUCAAAACCAACGUGCGGCGGAAACGCUACGCCCUAACCGGACAUAAGUGGAACAAAGGCCACCUCACGUACAGUAUCCAGAACUACACACCUAAGAUCGGAGAGUAUGAAUCAUACGAAGCCAUCCGGCGAGCCUUUAAAGUCUGGGAAAGCGUCACCCCGUUGACCUUUGACGAAAUCCCCUACCAGGAGAUCAAAUACGGACGCCGCAAGGAACCCGACAUCAUGAUCUUCUUUGCCUCGGGUUUUCAUGGAGACAGUUCUCCUUUUGAUGGGGAGGGGGGCUUCCUAGCCCAUGCCUACUUCCCUGGACCUGGAAUGGGUGGGGACACACACUUUGACUCAGACGAACCGUGGACCAUUGGGAACCAGAAUUUACAAGGUAACGACCUCUUCCUGGUAGCAGUCCACGAGCUGGGCCAUGCCCUGGGUUUAGAACAUUCCAACAACCCCCUGGCCAUUAUGGCUCCCUUUUAUCAAUGGAUGGAGACUGAGAACUUCCAGCUGCCUGAGGAUGACCUGCGAGGCAUUCAGCAGAUCUACGGUCAACCAAACAGUGGCCCAACACAGGCCUUGCCCACAGUGACACCCCGUCGCCCGGAGCCAAGGCCACCUCAGAAUCCCCCCAGGCACCCCGACCGCCCCAGAACCACUGACAGACCAGAUCACUAUGGACCCAAUAUCUGCGAAGGCAACUUUGACACUGUUGCCAUGCUCCGAGGAGAGAUGUUUGUUUUCAAGGGUCGUUGGUUCUGGAGGGUCCGCAGGAACAGGGUUCUGGAUAACUACCCGAUGCCUAUCGGUCACUUUUGGAGGGGGCUACCCGGAGACAUAGAUGCAGCCUAUGAGAGACACGACGGCAGAUUCGUCUUCUUUAAAGGAAACAGAUUCUGGGUUUUCCGGGAAGCUAACCUGGAACAAGGCUAUCCACUGGAGCUAGUCGAUUACGGCCGGGAGAUUCCCUACGACCGAAUAGACACAGCCAUCUGGUGGGAGCCAUCGGGGUACACCUACCUCUUCCAAGGAGACAGGUACUGGCGCUUCAGCGAGCAGUCGCGCUCUGCAGACCGAGGCUACCCGAAACCAAUCAGCGUCUGGGGAACGUCAGUGCCCAACUCUCCCAAGGGGGCUUUCCUUAGCGAUGACGGAGCUUACACCUACUUCUACAAGGGCUCCAAGUACUGGAAGUUUGACAACCACCGUAUGAAAAGCGAGCCAGGCUACCCCAAGUCCAUCCUGAGGGACUUCAUGGGCUGCACCGUGGACCAGGACCCAGACAGAGACAGAGACAGAGACAGAGACAGAGACACGGAUACCGACUCAGGACGCAAACAGCCCGAUGUGAACCGCCCGCCGUUCAACCCUGAUGCCGGACGCGAUGGCGACAAAGGCAAAGACCGGGACCGACCGGAUCCAGGCAAGAACGACAGAGAAGGAGGCAAAGGCUCGGACGGUGACAAAGACGAAGACUACCGUGAGGGUCGCGAGGAAGACACAAACGAGGUGGACGUGGUGCUGAAGGUGGACGACAGUGAGGAGCGGACCAUGAACAUCCUGAUGGUGACCAUCCCACUGGUCCUGGUGCUGUGCAUCCUGGGACUCAUCUACGCCAUCAUCAACACGCUGCAGAGCAAAGGAGCGCCACGGCUGCUGGUGCACUGCAAGCGCUCGCUGCAGGACUGGGUCUGACCCUUGACAUUAAGGGGACACCGAACUUUGAACUUCCAAACGGAUCUUAGACACCGCCCCACCCCACCCCUUCUCUAACAGAACCCUCCUCCCGGUGAUCAUCUGUCUCACGUCUAUGUGCUCAGUGGCUCCUGCAACUCUUAGUACAUGUGAUAGCUGAUCCAUGCAAAUACUGUACUGAUACAGAUACACACACACACACACACACACACACACACUAGAAAAAAAGCAUAAUUUAUGUCUUUUACACACAUGAACACACUACCACCUUAACCUCCUCCUGUCUCCCAUGGUGCUCUACAAUGCGUUGACUGUAGUCUAUUUAUAUGAGAGAAGUUUGCACAUUGUUUUUUUUUCUUCUUGAUUUUGUUUUGGUUCAUAUUUGUGUGACUUUUUACUGUUAUUAUUAUUAUUAUUAUUUCUAAACCAGGAAGGCUGUUCUCUUCUCUGCACUGCCCUCCCUUCCCCACUCCCCCCACACUCC